UUCACUUAAUUAAAACUGUCAGUACGUAAAAUGGUUUCGUGUAAAUGGUUGAUAAAUUUAGCCAGGAAUUACACAAAGUGUUGUUCCCCGCCAACGUCAAAGAAAAUAUUGUCAAAAAUAGCAUACAAUGACUUUAUUAAUUCGUUACCCGUUAUAUUAGACAAAGGAGUACGAGAAACACAAUAUUUGGUAACAGAUGAAUUGCGAAACCGAAUGAAAAGAAUUGCAGAAUACUAUUUGCGCGGACGUAAAACAGUACACGGUGAAGUGACGAUAUUCACCCAUGACCUACUUAGACAGCCUGAGAAAACUGAAGGUGAUUUAAAAAAACAACUACACGUUUUAGCCUGGUCCGCUGAAUUAAUACUGUCGUACUUUCUCAUCGUUGAUGACAUUGAAGACGGUGCUCGGAGUCGCAACGGACAGCCAUGUUGGCAUCUGUUGGAGGAUGUGGGCUCGCUGGCCAGCAACGAUGCCAGCAUGCUACGUAGUUUCAUUAUGCAGCUAUUGAACAUCAACUUCUCCUCAGAUCUCUUUGUCGACUUCGCUAAACUCUUCAAUGAGGUUUUCUUUAUCUGCAAUGUUGGACAGUAUUUGGACGCAGUAACAUCAAAAAAUCGUAAUUAUGAUAAUUUUACAAUGAAAAAUUACAAAAACAUCGCCUUGAACAAAUACGCUGUCGGGUGCAUAAACUUUCCCGUACUAUGUGCGCUUAUUCUCUCCAACAAAUACAACAAGGAUACACGUCAACUUGUGGACAAUAUAUUAACUGACGUAGGAAUUUGGAGCCAAAUAAAUAAUGACUUCACUGAUUAUUAUGACAGCGAAGAGCAAACUGGUAAAACGGGCUCCGACAUCCAAGAGGGUAAAUGUACGUGGCUGGCCGUAACCGCCUUGCAGCGUUGCUCGACCGCUCAGAGAGAAGAAUUUAUUGCUAACUACGGCAGUUGGCAGCCGGACCACGUGGCGCGCAUUCGCGAUAUUUACCAUCAACUUGGCAUCAUCGACAUUUACUACAGAGAGGAACAAACCACCUAUGAUAGAAUUAUAAAUAAAAUUGAAUCGCUGCCCGCCAAUUCCAUGCUAUCAGCUGACUUCUUCAAAACAGUGGUUGAUGCUUAUUAUCCAAAUGUCGCUUGUGGAAAAUCGUUUAGAUUACGAAAGUAUCAACGGUUUCAUAAUCCGCUCGUGCUGAUGCUAGUCAUUCGUAUAUCCAUCAACCAGGCCACUUCACGUAUUUAUAUUUUAUCUCAUCCUGUAUUCCCAAGUAAUAUGGUAGCGGUCAAAUGGUUGCUGAAUUUGUCCAGGAAUUACUGCAAGUGGCGUCCUCCUCAAAAGCAGAAGAAAAUCUUGCCCCAAGAGGCAUACAAUAGCUUUAUUAAUUCUUUGCCCGUUAUAAUAGACAACGGAGUACAACAGACUAAGUACUUGGAGACUGACGAAUUACAUGAUCGAAUGAAAAGAAUUGCAGAAUACUAUAUGCGUGGACGAAAAACAAUUCAAGGUGAAUUAACUAUACUUGGCCAUGAACUGCUGAAGUCCGAAAAGAUUGAAGGCGAUUUAAAUAAUCAACAAUAUGUUUUAGCGUGGUGCGUUGAAUUGUUAAUGUCAUAUAUUCUUAUUUUGGAUGACAUCGAAGACGGUGCUCGGAGUCGCAACGGGCAGCCAUGUUGGCAUCUGUUGGAAGACGUGGGCUCGCUGGCCAGCAACGACGCCAGCAUGCUACGUAGUUUCAUUAUGCAGCUACUGAACAUCAACUUCUCGUCACAGCUCUUUGUCGACUUCGCUAAACUCUUCAACGAGGCGUUUUUCACUUGUAACGUCGGUCAAUAUUUGGAUGCUAUAACAUCAAAACAACGCAAUUACAAGAACUUCACAAUGGAUUAUUACAAAAACAUUGCCUUGUACAAAUACGCAUACUAUUCUGUCAAGUUUCCGAUACUCUCCGCGCUGGUUCUAUCCAACAAGUAUAACAAGGAAACAUGUCGAUAUGUGGAUGAUAUCUUAACCGAUGUUGGAAUUUGGAGCCAAAUAAAUAACGACUUCACUGACUACUACGACGACGACGAGCAAACUGGUAAAACAGGCUCCGACAUCCAAGAGGGUAAAUGUACGUGGCUGGCAGUAACCGCCUUGCAACGUUGCUCGCCCACUCAGAGAGAAGAGUUUGUUGCUAACUACGGCAGCUGGCAGCCGGACCAUGUGACGCGCAUUCGCGAUAUUUAUCAACAACUUGGUAUCGUCGGCAUUUACUACAGAGAAGAACGAUCCACCUAUGAUAGAAUUUUAAAGAAAAUUGAAUCACUGCCCGCGAAUGCUGUACCCUCGGCUGACUUUUUCAAAACAGUGGUUGAAACUUAUUAUCCCAAUGUCGCUUGUGGAAAAUCAUUUAUCCGAAAUAAUUAACGUAACUAUAUACGAUCAAAAUUAAUAAACGAACCGUUUUUGCUACUCC